GUGAUUUAAUAGGAAAUCUCUGAAGCAAUAUAGUUUUUAGAAAUUCAGUUUUGCUUAUAAGUUAAAGUGUAUAUUAACCUUGCGACAUGUGGCAAGGCAGCGACAAAACUAUCGCCACACUGGCAAUGUGCAGUUUGUUGAGAUAUUUAUUUUGUUUUUAUGUUUUGUGUGUUUUGUUUGCGGUGUUUACAUAUUUGCCACACAUUAUCGCCGCUGAUAAUCAAAACAUAGACGUUAAUUAUCGUCGUCAACAUCGCCCUCGACAACAACGGCAAACCUUUAAUGCUGAUCUUUGGAAUGAAGUAGAAAAGGGUUAUUGUGCUCCUUAUAAUGGCAAGAUAUGUAAAGAUUACAUCGAAGGGCAAGUUUGGUAUAGUCGGGACGAUCCUUCUGGUGGUUGGAAGAAUGAACAAAUUAGUACCGUUUUGUGGGAAGAAUUGAUAGCCGAUUUGAAUGGUUUAUGUAGACAAGCAGCGGAAAAGAUGUUAUGCGCUUAUGCUUUUCCACGAUGCAUGAUGGGAAAUGGUGUUCCCAUUAAGUUACCGUUAUGCUAUGAAGAUUGCUCUGCUGUACAUCUACAAUAUUGUUAUAAUGAUUGGGUUUUAAUUGAGGAAAAAAAAGAACGUGGUAUUUUUAUUAAAAGUCGGGGACAUUUCCGUUUACCGAAUUGUUCUGUGCUACCGAAAUACAAAAAUAACACCGCCAAGCGUCCUGUAUGUUCAUAUGUGGGUCUAACCGAGUUCACUGAAGAUGAAAUUAGUUAUGACUGUCGUAACGGUAAUGGUCAUUACUAUUUGGGCAGCGUUAAUGUCACCAAAUCUGGUAUACCAUGCCAACGAUGGGACUCUCAGCAUCCUCACAAACACAUACAACCGCCUUUAGUGUUUCCUCAGAUAGCGGAAGGCGAAAAUUAUUGUCGUAAUGCUGGAGGUGAGGAACCAUAUCCAUGGUGUUAUACGGUUGACGAAUCUGUGCGUUGGCAGCACUGUGAAAUACCGUUAUGUCCCAAUUAUAUUGAUACUACUUUAAAGGAACUGGAGCCUAUUAAAAUGGAAACAUUUUUUACGCCCUCCGUUAUAUUUCUGCUGGCUGGUAUUGGUUUCGUAAUCAUUGUCGCUCUGCAUUUAAUCAUUCUUUUGCUAUAUAAAAUCACUAAGAAUAAAGAAUUGCCCAGUCAGCAACAACAACAAACGUUACAAAAUCCAAAUUCAGAAUGUAAUGUUUCGACAAGAGGUAUCGCCGUUAAUAUAAAUAAUCAACCAAACGAAUAUAGUUUGAACGCCAGUCCUGAGAAUUUCUCUCAACAUCACAUUAUCAGCAAUAAAUUUGGUACAAUUAAAAGUUUGGCUACGGUGCAUAACGUGCUCAACGAAGCACCUCCUAAAUCUAAGUUGAACAACAAGUUGGAAAAACUGGAAUAUCCACGCCGUGAUAUAGUAUACGUACGGUCCUUGGGUCAAGGAGCCUUUGGUAGAGUUUUUCAGGCUAAAGCCCCUAAUUUAAUAAUGGGCAACGAUGAGUUAAUGGUAGCGGUGAAAAUGCUUAAAGAUGAUGCUAGCGAUCAAAUGCAAAUGGAUUUUGAGCGGGAAGCUUGCUCAUUGGCCGAGUUCGAUCAUCCGAAUAUAGUAAAGCUGUUGGGGGUGUGUGCUUUGGGAAGACCCAUGUGCUUACUUUUUGAAUUUAUGUCGCCCGGCGAUCUUAGUGAGUUUCUACGGUCUUGUUCACCGUACGCCACCCAUCGCGAGCACGAACGUAAACCGUUAAAUGAAGCACAUCUUUUACAAAUAGCCGCACAUAUAGCGGCCGGCAUGGUUUAUUUAUCAGAACGCAAAUUUGUACAUCGUGACUUGGCUACAAGGAAUUGCCUUGUCAAUGAGCACAUGAUAGUGAAAAUUGCCGACUUUGGUUUAUCGCAUAAGAUUUACUUACAAGACUACUACAAAGGAGAUGAGAAUGAUGUUAUACCUAUACGUUGGAUGCCGCUAGAAUGUAUAUUAUAUAAUAAGUUUUCCAUAGAAUCAGAUGUUUGGGCUUAUGGAAUCUGCUUGUGGGAGAUUUUUUCUUACGCUCUUCAACCUUAUUACGGGAUGACCCAUGAAGAAGUAAUCAAAUACAUUAAGGAUGGUAAUGUCUUAAGUUGUCCGGACAAUACGCCCUUAUCGGUGUACGCUUUGAUGAGACGCUGUUGGAAUCGUAAGGCCAGCGAUAGACCAAGUUUUAACGAAAUCAAUCAUUGCAUACAACAUAGCAUAGCUGAGCAUGAGUGUAAAACGGCCCUCGAGAUAGGUAAUUGAUUGUCAGAUAUUUAAAAAUGUAAGUAAAGUUUUAAGAAAAAAGGUUGUUUCCGCAUAAGAAAAAAAUUUAAGUUCCUCU